AAAACCAUGUUCUGGAUUAGCAAUCAUGGAUCAUUAUUCAAUAAAAAAAAAAGCUCAUGGCAUAAUUUAUUUGUUAUUAUUUCUCUGAUUGUUCAUAAUCCAACCCAAUAUUUAACACUAUAAUUUGUUUUAUGUAUAUACUAUUUCUACAAUCGGCUGCAAAACUCUUGGUUUGUAUAAACUAUUGUAUCAAUUGGUAAAUAAUGAUUAUGAUAAUUAAUGAGGUAUGAUUGAGGUGAGGCAAGGAAAAUUGUGUGAGUGUUUUACACUAUAUUUUAUCAUUACUUUAUUGUCUUUAUUCUGCUUUAAUCAUUUACAAGUUGCAUUAUUGGUGUUUGCAGUUGAGCAAGAGGCAGAAGGAUGUUCAGUGGAGAGUGAACCGGAGAUGUGGCCUUCAAACUGCAGCACAUCUGAAACUGCCAAUGCAACAGAAGUGGGUGGACUGAAUGCACAUUUAAUCUCUCCCAUGGAAGAGUGCACUGAGCCAUCUGUGGCUGGCAAAAAUAUCAAGCUCUACAGCUGUGCUGACUGCAGCUAUAAAACUCCAUCGAUCACUCAUUGGAAGAGACACAUGACGAAACACACUAGGGAAAAGACUUUCAGUUGUGAGUUAUGUGACUAUAAAUGUGCUAGAUCUGGUACUUUGAAGGAACAUAUCAGAACACAUACAGGAGAAACACCUUUCAGCUGCGAGUAUUGUGACUAUAAAUGUACUCAAUCUGGUACUUUGAAGGAACAUAUCAGAACACAUACAGGAGAAACACCUUUCAGCUGCAAGUAUUGUGACUAUAAAUGUGCUCGAUCUAGUGCUUUGAAGGAACAUAUCAAAACACAUACAGGAGAAACACCUUUCAGCUGCGAGUAUUGUGACUAUAAAAGUGCUCUAUCAGUAAUUUGAAGAAACAUAUCAAAACUCAUACAGGAGAAACACCUUUCAGCUGCGAGUAUUGUGACUAUAAAUGUGCUCGAUCAAAUGAUUUGAAAUCACAUAUCAGAACACACACAGGAGAAACACCUUCAGCUGCAAGUAUUGUGACUAUAAAUGUGCUGGAUCAAGUAAUUUGAAAAAACAUAUAAGAACACAUCAUAAAGGAGAAACAACUACUAGCUGAAAAUUUGUGACUUUACGUGUGCUCAUUCAAAUUCAUUUUACUGUGUUUCCUAGUAAGGUGGUCACCAAUAACAGGACAAGUGUGUUGAACAUGUGUGUACACACAAAUGUCGUCCAUACAUUUAUGUGUCGUCACAGCUAAAGGCUUCAAACAACAUUCUUUGAGGUUCUGAGCAAGUAUCGGCUCACACCUCCCCCUCCUCUAUUCAGAUUGCCAGGGUCCCCCUGGGCUGGCGUCUGUGGAGGGGCGGAGUGGGGAUGCUGCUCACAGUGUGGUGUGUGCCGGGGGGUGGUGGGGACGGCUGGGCUCCUCGCGGUGUUGGAUGUCCUCCACAUACACCACAGUUGUCAUAUCACAACACUGAAAUUCUCUCCUUUCUAAGGGUACAACCACACUGAAAGCGGAGCGUGGCGUCAAGGAGUGUCGUGAACAAUAUCAUGUUAAGUAAUGAGCUAAAACACAGUGGAUGCGUCUACUCGCAGAGCGGAGCGUCAAAUUUUGGAACAAGCUAGUUUGUUUUUGGAGCGUCUACUAGCGGAGCGUCAAAGUGCGAGUUCCCCACUAAUGUAAUACUAGUGGUCUACUCUUGUACAUAAUAAUAAACUUGUUCUACUACAUUUUCUACUUCCAUCCAGAUUUUUAAUAUUAUGCUGAUAUUUUGUAGAUAGAAACAUGAUUCUGAUGACUAUAUCGUCAAGAACGUUUACCAUUAUAAAAAUUAAAAAGAUUAAAACAUUGUUCUACAUUUUCUUUUUUUUAAGAUAUUUUCAGAAAUGUUAACACAGUAGGGGAGAAGUGGGAGGCUUGAGACAUUUUCAACAUUUUGUGUCAUAAAUUGAUAUUAUCUCAUGUUUUUUGUCUCAAGGCUCCCUCAGUAGGGGAGGCUUGAGACAAAUGACGGGAGGCUUGAGACACUGAUUGAAAUUUUAAAAAUAAAACCAAUUUCUAUAAAAACUGCAAUAUUUAUUGAGAAACACUUGAUGAAAAACUCAUUUUAGACUGAUAUAGACCAACAGAAUAACUAUUCAAAUUGUAAUUUUUUACAUCAUCGUAAAUUGGUGUAUUUAUUGGUAAGUCUUUUUGAAGUAAUAUUUUCCUCUCCUUGAUCGCAAUAGUGGUACAGUUUUGCAUAUAUCUGCAAAAGAAACAAUUGAUAUUUGUCUUCCACUGCUGGGUAGACAAAUGCAAUACCUUGCUGACGUAGAAAUUUAACUUCAUAUUCAAAUGAAGGAUCAAUCACCUUCUCCACUGAUCCAAUGUAGUGAACGAUAUUUUUUUUACCUGGAAAUUUCACCACUAAAAAGUCUGUUUCUUUUAUUGAUAGAUUCCCUUCCUCGUUUUCAUCAGAUGAUGAAGAUGAAUUAUUAGAAAACAAACUGAUGUCAGACGAGCCUGACUCUUGACACAAAUCAUCCUCAUUUGCAGCUCUUGUAGAUGGUGGUGACCGUGGUGGUACCUUCCAAAUUUCUCUACUCUCCCUCUCUUUCUUCAUUCUCGGUGCACCCAGAUUCAGUUUCCUCUUACACCUCUCUUCAAACUCUCUCUCUCUCUAUUCCCUCUUUCACUGUAGUGCUAGUCAAAAUUCGAGAUUUUCCUUUCUUCCUAUUUACAGAAGGACCUUCCUUCUUACGCUCUCCUGCCUUGGGGAAAGGCAUUAUGACUUCUGGUGAGAUUACACUUUUACUUCUGGCUGAUGACUGCUUUGAAGUUCCAGCACUCAAGGGUUGAGUUGAUGGUGACAGAUGUUGGCAGAUUUCGGCAGAUGUUGGUCCUGAAGAAGGUGAAGCUGAUGAUGUAGGCAUUUCAAAA